UGUAGGUUCAGGGGAUGCCCCGAUGACGACAAUGGAAAGAUGUGGCGCAGCUACCCCAACUACCUUGCACUGCGUAUCCGUGCCUGCCUAGGUUGGAGCUUCGUAUGGUCACCCGAGAAUCAACGUCGAGCAACCUUCCACCAACAACAACAACAUCAACAACAACUAUCUACUUCACCACCCCUUACUCUUGCAUCUAGCACAGCUUGUCAUGAGCUCCAUAGGACCGAAAUAGACUGAAGAACACCCUCGGCCACUUCUCAGUAACCUCCGCUUGAAAUAGCAAUCUGCGCCGCUGGGCGACGCUUGGGAGGACUUCUGCAAGAUGGGGUUGAGGCAUUUGGCCGCCGCGGCGAUCGGGCUGCUCAGUCUUGCAUCCGGAGAGCUAUUUACACAAAAACACGAGAAAGGGAGAUGUGCUCUACGAGGAACUUGUGGGGGCGGAGGCUUUUUUUCCCCCGCUCUCCCGUGUGUGGACAAUGGUCUCGCGAAAGCCCCGGAGGAAGACGUGAGGGCGCAGCUCCUGGAACUAUGCCCGGAGGACAAAUGGAAACAAGGGCCGCUAUGCUGCGAAAAAGACCAGGUUUGAUGAAUCCUUUCAUGAUAUGACAGCUGCUAAGUGAGACAGCUUGACGUCCUGUCGGACAACCUCAAAAAGGCCCAGUCAUUCAUCGCAGAUUGUCCUGCAUGCAAGAACAAUUUUUACAACACCUUUUGCACCUUCACUUGCUCCCCCGAUCAAUCCCUCUUCAUCAAUAUUACCCAAGCAGAAAAGGGCGCCGAGGGGUUGAGAGUGACGGAGCUGGACCAACUAGUCUCUGACGAAUACGGGUCCGGAUUCUAUGACAGUUGCAAAGACGUUAAAUUUGGACCUACGAACUCGAAUGCGAUGGCCUUUAUUGGAGGAGGAGCAAAGAAUUACACCGAUUUUUUGAAAUUCUUGGGGAAGAAAUCCCCUCCUUUUGGUUCGCCAUUUCAAAUCAACUUUCCCAGGCCGAGCAAAUAUCCAGAAAAGGCAAUGAAUCCAUUGCCCAUGAAACCGAAAGCAUGCAACGAUACCAACCCAAACUUUCGGUGUCCUUGCAUCGACUGUCCUGCCGUGUGCCCAACAUUGCCAGAUAUCACCGAAGCUGGAUCAUGCCAUGUUGGAUUAUUGCCAUGUCUAUCGUUUGGAGCUAUCCUGACGUACAGCGUUCUUAUCCUCUCGCUUGUUACGGCAAUUUCUGGUCACGUUGCCUGGGCUAAGCACAGUAGAAGGAGAUCCGAACGGUUGCGACUUCUUCAAGAUGCUUCGCCAAGCGACGACGAAGACGAAGGCGAUAUGGUUCAUAAUGGUGCUAUGUAUGACCGCCCGCAGAGAACAUACAAGCUUAAUUCCUUCUGCGACAGCGCAUUCAGUCACCUGGGCUUCACCGCCGCUCGAUUUCCCGGAAUCACUAUUGGAACGAGCAUUCUCAUUGUUGGACUUCUCAGUAUUGGUUGGAUUCGGUUCGAUAUCGAAAGGGACCCUGCUCGGUUAUGGGUCAGCCCCACAUCUGCUGCCGCUGAGGAGAAGAACUUUUUCGAUACGAACUUUGGUCCUUUUUAUCGCGCAGAGCAAAUUUUCUUGGUCAAUGAGACGGUUUCGAAUGCGUCGAGUCCAGUGCUAAGUUAUGACACAUUGAAGUGGUGGAUAGAUGUCGAAAAACGAGUCAGUGGCUUGAAAGGUGCCAAAACCAAUACCACAUUUGACAGUGUAUGCUUCAAGCCUACUGGCGAUGCUUGCGUUGUGCAGUCUGUAGCUGCAUAUUUCGGAAACGACAUCACCACCGUCUCUCCGAGCACCUGGAAAAAGAAAUUGCGGGAAUGCGCUGAGUCACCCGUGGGAUGCCUUCCUGAAUUUCAACAGCCAAUCGACCCUAGCAUGAUUCUUGGUGGCUUAGACGGAGUUGGUGAUGUUGCAGAUUCACCUGCAAUGGUUGUUACCUGGGUUAUCAAGAAUUAUGCUGAAGGCUCGUCCGAGAUCGAAAAGGCGAUGGAAUGGGAACAAAGCCUGAAGGACACUCUGCUUGAAGUCCAAAUGGAAGCAUCAGAGCGGGGUCUGAGAUUGUCAUUCUCCACGGAGAUCAGCUUGGAACAAGAGCUCAAUAAAUCCACAAACACUGAUGCUAAGAUUGUCGUUAUAAGCUACAUUUUCAUGUUCAUCUACGCAUCCCUCGCUCUUGGCUCCACAACCCUAUCAAUACGAUCAGUACUCCGAAACCCAGCAAGCUCUCUCGUAGAGUCUAAGUUUACCCUCGGCGUUGUGGGCAUUCUAAUUGUUCUGAUGUCUAUAUCAGCAUCAAUUGGCCUGUUCUCAGCAGCUGGUAUCAAGGUGACACUCAUCAUUGCAGAAGUCAUUCCAUUCAUCGUUUUGGCUGUUGGUGUCGAUAACAUUUUCUUGAUUGUGCACGAAUUCGAGAGGGUCAACGUCAGCCACCCCGACGAGAUGGUUGAGUUCAGAAUUGCCAAAGCUCUUGGACGUAUGGGACCAUCAAUCCUCUUAUCAGCAAUUACCGAGACUAUUGCCUUCUCGUUGGGAGCGUUCGUGGGCAUGCCUGCUGUUCGUAAUUUUGCCGUCUAUGCUGCCGGGGCUGUCUUCAUCAAUGCCGUACUUCAGGUUACUAUGUUCGUAUCAGUACUCACUCUAAAUCAGAGAAGAGUUGAAGAUCGAAGAGCAGACUGCUUUCCAUGCGUUCAGAUCAAACGUGCUGGCAUACAGCUUAGCUCGACCGGAAACGGGUACAUGCGACCUUACGAGGGACAAGAUGAAGGCACCCUGCAAAAGUUUAUUCGAAAGUCUUACGCUCCAACGCUUUUGGGUAAGAAGAUGAAAGUCGGGGUAGUGGUGGUGUUCUUGGGACUUUUCACUGCCGGCAUCUCAUUGAUUCCAGAAGUUUCUCUUGGCCUAGACCAAAGAGUUGCGAUCCCAGAUGACUCUUAUCUGAUCCCAUAUUUCAACGAUCUAUAUGACUACUUCGAAUCUGGCCCACCAGUAUACUUUGUCACUCGGGAAUUGAAUGUCACCCAGAGGCUGCACCAGCAACAGCUGUGCUCUCGAUUCAGUACCUGUGAGCAAGACUCCAUCACAAACAUCAUUGAAGGAGAACGAAAGAGAUCAAAUUUAUCUUACAUCGCUUCAACUCCGGCGAGCUGGAUCGACGACUAUUUUCGCUGGCUGGAUCCAAAUCUCGCGGAAUGUUGUGUAGAGAAUGGGAAGACAUGCUUCGCAGAUCGCGAUCCAGCAUGGAACAUCUCCCUGUACGGAAUGCCUGAGGGCCAGGAGUUCAUGCACUACCUUGAGAAGUGGAUCGAAGCUCCUUCAGAUGCCGACUGCCCCUUGGGUGGAAAAGCUGCUUAUAGCAGUGCUUUGGUUAUUGAUGCAGAGAGGGGGACGAUCCCAGCAAGCCAUUUCCGAUCUGCUCACACUCCACUUCGGAGCCAAGAUGCAUUCAUUGACGCCUACGCAUCUGCUCGAAGGAUUGCAGAUGGUCUAAGCAAGAGCUCAGGUGUGGAUGUUUUCCCAUACAGCGUGUUCUACAUUUUCUUCGACCAAUAUGCAACUAUCGUCCGACUCACAGCAACACUUCUCGGCUCAGCCCUCGGGCUUAUCUUGAUAAUAUCAUCCAUCCUGCUCGGAUCCGUGAGAACAGGCGCUGUGGUCACUGCAACAGUCAUCAUGAUUGUCGUUGACAUUAUCGGCACGAUGGCCGUGUUUAAUGUGUCUCUUAAUGCUGUCAGUCUCGUGAAUCUCAUUAUUUGCGUGGGUAUUGGGGUUGAGUUCUGCGCCCACAUUGCCCGCGCAUUCAUGUUCCCAUCCCGCGCCGUGAUGGAGCGCGCAAGCAAGAAGUUCCGAGGAAAGGACGCUCGAGCAUGGACUGCUCUUGUCAACGUUGGCGGCUCUGUGUUCUCAGGCAUCACAAUCACCAAGUUACUUGGAGUAUCCGUCCUAGCAUUCACGCGAAGCAAGAUCUUCGAGAUCUACUAUUUCAGGAUUUGGUUGGCACUGGUAAUUUUCGCCGCUACACAUGCUCUGAUCUUCUUGCCGGUGGCAUUGAGUCUGUUGGGCGGAGAAGGGUAUAUGGACCCUGAAAGUGAGGGAGGUUUGGAGGAAGAUUUGGCGAGUAGGCGCUAUAGAGCGUUGUUGCCAGAGGAGGAGGAUGACUCUGAUGACGAAUAUUAGUGGUUUAAGAUGUGCAUGGUCCUAAAUUUCUCUGUAUUUUUAACGAUUGCAUGGAUAUUGCAUACUAGAUAGAGAUAUAGUGCAGACAUGUGAAGCUUGAGAUUUAUCAUAUCUGAACUAUUGGCUCUCGCGAGUAACAAACCAGCUCCGCCAAUUGCCUGAGGAUCCACUGAAAACAUGUAUUUCUGGCGUCCUUUGCUCUUUCCACUCAUCCGCGAUACUCGUAGGGCAUCAACCCUUAAGAAUGG